UCCUUCCUUCGUUCCAGAUCCAGACGCCAGACUGAUCAUCAUGUCCCUUCACGUACGUCCGUAGCGACGGUAAACCCUAGUGGCUGGCUGCAUAUAAAACCUAUGUCGUCUUAUAUGUAACCCUAGGUGGCUGCGGUUACCACUCUCCGAUGCAAUGAUUAAUCCGAAUUGCCGGUGGACAUACUAGAAAAGGUAGUG